CUUUCGUUCAGGACAGCCGGUGUGCUGUGUGUGUGUGUGUCGCAGCCAGACCUCGGCCUGUCUCAUAUUUCCCAGAGUUAGUCUCUCAGUUUGAUUCUCAGAGCGACAGGCUACAGAAGGACUAUACCGUAGAACCAGAGAACCACAGGGGAGACGGGAACUUUUAUACCCCAGAGAGAAGCACUCUGUUGGGCCACGUAUAGCCACCGGCUGGCCCGCCGCUAUGGUUUUACAAGAUACGCUAGGAGCUGACACACGGAAAAUAUCAGUGCACACACACGGAUAAGCUACGGACUCAACCCUGAGAGAGAGAGAGAAAAUAUAGGUGUGUCUGAGUGUGGGUCUACAGUAUUUGUCAAUAUUAGAGAGUGUUUGUGUGGAAGUGAAGCAACAGGGAAGUUUGAUUACGAAAGAGUGUGUGUGUGUGUGUGUGUGUGUGUGUGUGUGUGUGGUGUGUGUGUGUAAGGCUAGCAGACAUGGAGUGAGAACCAGCUUGCUGCAGGUGGACUCAGAACCGACUCAGAACACUGUCCAUUUGGAUCUUCCUUCAUUUUUUUCUUUUUCGAUAUAUUCUGUUACUCUUUUCUUUUCCUCUGCUGGGUGUUCUUGUCUCCUUCAAUCUGUUCUCCUGGAUACGUGAAAGGAAUCAUCCCUCGUUCCGUUGGACAGAAUGGAGAGAAUAAAAUACUUUGGAGAAACUAAAUAGAAAGUUGGAAUCCAUUGCGUGGAGAGAGUGAACAAGAAGAGAGAAUUAUAGAGCUGUGCUCUGUAGAUAGACUGUAGACUCCAUGGAGCUGUUGGUUGUCUAGUAGUCCUGUCUGUAACUCUACACCAGGGCCGGUCUGCGGUUCAUCUGGCUCUCAGGGGGUUUUGCUGCACCCUCCAACACCAGCUGGGAAUCUGAAUGAACUUUGAACUUGAACCGCUACCUAAGAAACGGAUGCAAUAAAGUAAUCAUCGUCACCUUCAUCCUCUCCUAUCAUCGUCACCUUCAUCCUCUCCUAUCAUCGUCACCUUCAUCCUCUCCUAUCAUCGUCAACUUCAUCCUCUCCUAUCAACGGCAUCUUCAUAAUCUCCUAUCAUCGGCAACUUCAUCCUCUCCUAUCAACGUCACCUUCAUCCUCUCCUAUCAACGUCAUCUUCAUCCUCUCAUCGUCCUCUUCAUCCUCUCCUAUCAUCGUCACCUUCAUCCUCUCCUAUCAUCGUCACCUUCUUCCUCUCCUAUCAUCGUCACCUUCAUCCUCUCCUAUCAUCGUCACCUUCAUCCUCUCCUAUCAUCGUCAUCUUCAUCCUCUCCUAUCAACGUCACCUUCAUCCUCUCCUAUCAACGUCAUCUUCAUCCUCUCAUCGUCCUCUUCAUCCUCUCCUAUCAUCAUAUUCAUCCUCUCCUCUCCUAUCAACGUCAUCUUCAUCCUCUCCUAUCAUCAUCUUCAUCCUCUCCUAUCAACGUCAUGUUUAUCAAGGAGUCUAAAGAGACACUGCGGGGGGACCCUGAUUUAAGAUGUGAGCUAGCCUUCCUCUCCCGGGGCUGUGACUUCGUACUGCCCUCGCGAUUCAAGAAGAGAAUCAAGACGUUCCAGCAACUGCAGGCGCAGGUCCAGUCCAACAAGCAAGAUAAGAAAUCUGGCACCCCUCCUCCAGCCCCUCUCUCCCCCACCCCCUCCGUUCCUCCCCCCCACCGCUCCCCUCUCCUCCCUCCUCCCCAUGCCCUCAACAUUCCCCGCUUCUACUACCCUCGAGGGUUACCAGGGGCAACAAAAGUCAACCACGAUGCGGCCAUCACUGCCAUAGAAACAGCCUUCACAGAGUUUGAGGAGGAGAAGGCUGAUAUUUACGAGAUGGGCAAGAUCGCUAAGGCAUGUGGCUGUCCUCUGUACUGGAAGGCAGCCAUGUUUAAUGGAGCAGGAGGAGAGAGGACCGGCUUCGUCUCUGUUCACUCCUUCAUCGCUACCUGGAGAAAGUUGUUACAUAGUUGCUAUGACGAUUCGUCUAAGUUUAUCUACCUCCUGGCGAAGCCUGGCUGUUCCUACCUGGACCAGGAGGACUUCAUACCUUUAUUACAGGACAUAGUGGACACUCACCCAGGACUGACGUUCUUGAAGGAUGCCCCAGAAUUCCAUUCCCGUUACAUCACUACCGUGAUUCAGCGGAUAUUCUAUGUGGUCAACCGCUCGUGGACAGGUCGCAUCACCAUGACGGAACUGCGCAGGAGCAACUUCCUGCAGACCCUGGCCCUGUUGGAAGAGGAGGAUGAUAUCAACCAGAUAACAGAUUAUUUCUCUUAUGAGCAUUUCUAUGUGAUCUACUGUAAGUUCUGGGAGUUGGACACGGACCACGAUCUUUACAUUGACCCUAAGGACCUGGCUCGUUACAACGACCACGCAUCUUCAAGCAGAAUCAUUGAGAGGUUGUUCUCAGGAGCCGUUACACGGGGCAGCUCAGUGCAGAGGGAAGGGAGGAUGAGUUAUGCAGAGUUCAGCUGGUUCCUCAUCUCAGAGGAAGACAAGAAAAACCCUACCAGUAUAGAGUACUGGUUCAGGUGUAUGGACACAGAUGGGGACGGUGUGUUGUCUAUGUUUGAGUUGGAGUACUUCUAUGAGGAGCAGUGUAGUAGGAUGGAGGGGAUGGGCAUUGAACCCCUACCCUUCACAGACCUGCUCUGUCAGAUGCUAGACCUUGUCAAACCUGAAAGCCAAGGUAAGAUAACCCUGUCUGAUCUGAAGAGGUGUAGGAUGGCUCAUAUAUUCUUUGACACGUUCUUCAACCUGGAGAAAUACCUGGACCACGAGCAGAGAGACCCCUUCGCUUUGCAGAAGGACAUAGACAAUGAGUGUCCAGAGCCUUCAGACUGGGAUAAAUACGCUUCAGAGGAAUAUGAGAUCCUGGUGGCAGAAGAGACAGCUAAUGAACAGCUGCAGGAGGGGACAUUUGAUGAUGACUAUGAGGAGGCGGAGCUUCCUGUUCAAGGAGAGAUGGUUGGGAAUAAGAUGGAUAAGCUGCUCAUAUCAGAUCUGUCAGCAUGAAAUUCCCAAAGCCUGGAAUACCGCUCCCUUCUCCUUGGAUAUACAGGAGACGGGGGAGAGAGGAAGAGGGAUGGACGGGGAGAGAGGAAGAGGGAUGGACGGAGAGAGAGGAAGAGGGAUGGACGGGGAGAGAGGAAGAGGGAUGGACGGGGAGAGAGGAAGAGGGAUGGACGGGGAGAGAGGAAGAGGGAUGGACGGGGAGAGAGGAAGAGGGAUGGACGGGGAGAGAGGAAGAGGGAUGGACGGGGAGAAAGGAAGAAAAAGCUAAAGCGAUGGAGGACUCCAAACUCUCUCAGCUUCUCCUUUCAUACACAGACAGGGACAGAAGGGAUGGUGAGAAGACAGAGGGGGUGGACUGAAAACGAGAGAGAGGAUGGACAGAACGAGAGAGAGGAUGGACAGAACGAGAGAGAGGAUGGACAGAACGAGAGAGAGGAUGGCAGCUGUCCUCUCAGCCCUCUGUAGGAGAGAACGUGUUUUCCACUCUUUUAUCUUCAUUGGAGAGUGUGUGUUGUGUAUGCAUGCAUGUGUGUGUGUGUGUGUGUGUGUGUGUGUGUGUGUGUGUGUGUGUGUGUGUGUGUGUGUGUGUGUGUAUGUGCGUGUGUUUGUGUCAUCCCAAAGACUGUGUUUGGUGCAAUAAUGUGUCUUAACAUGUUUAUUAUGUAGAAGUAAGAAAGCACAAAUCCUGAUGUGGAGAUACUUCCUGUAUUAUGUUUAUAAUUACUGCCAUAUGGAGAUUUUUCACUGACAAUCAACUACUAGACAAUCAGCUAAUCAAUCAAGUUGUUUUCAAAUGUGUCAAUUAACACACACACACACACACACACACACACACACACACUGUACAUACACAGCUCUGUGCAAAACAACGCCAUCUUGUGGUCACUAGUUAUACUGCUGGCUGCUCUUAGAGACGCGUGACGUUUGGAAAAGGGAGCUGUUGGAACACGGCUGUCAGCGUUCUCCGUUUAUAAACCUCAUUUUCAGUGUUCUAUUUCAGAAUGUUACUGUUAUGUAGUUUGAUAAGGCGGGCCGUUGUGUGUUUGAUUCAUUUAGAAUUAGUCAAAUGUUUAAUUCAGUUUGAGAUAAAACGCAUGUACUGUAUAUUCCGUCCGUAUACUUUUCAAAAAGUUCUCUCAUAGCAGAGGCUGUGUCACAAAUGGCAGUCUAUUCCUCAUAUAGUGCACUAUAACUUCUAGGGAGUAGAGUGCUAUUCUAGAUUUGACCAGAAUCAACCACAGUGUACAUAGACUGAGCUGUAACAAACUAACUAUGAACUAACUAUCUCUCUGGCAGAGAUGUUACUGUAUAAACCAAAAUGGACAGGAAUGGAAUCUGGCAAAAUGGGCAGAAGUGACACACACACACACACACACACACACUUGCUAGCCACAAGACGCGCUGUCGACACGUGGAACAGAGCUGUAAAGCUAACAGGCGUUUUCAUGUGUCACCAAAGGGGAUGUUCCAAUAGCAUGAUGUUAAAGAUGAAAACAGUGGGCCUAACUAACUGCCAUCCUGUCAUUAUCCUCUUCAGCAUCAUGUAUUCUUUAGUUUGCCACUGGUGAAUGCUGGUGGUGUUUUAAAGCUGUGUUCAUGCGUGUGUGUGUGUAUUUGUGCGUGUGUGUGUUUCUUUAAUAGCAACAGUCUGUCCCUAUAUAGCCAUUGUAAAUGUGUAUUUAACUCUACAUAGUGUUGCCAUUGUGUACAGAUUAUGUAUCUGAUGCUUUGUGUUGCUGUGUGGCUCGACGGGGUUCAGUUAUGUGGCGUGUGACCCAAAUGCACAAGGAUGAUUGGUCGGAGGUCAUAGAGGGACACACCCACCAGACAAUUGACUGUCAAUCAAUUUGUCAAUCAGUUUGAUAGUCUGAUUGGGUAAUAAGGAGCACCUUGCUGUGACUGGAUUGGACACACUGGUAGCUCCUCCCUUUAGAGAGACUCAUGCUGCUGUAGAGACACACACACACACGUUUAUGAGACUGCUGUGUCUGACGCUAUGCAAACAAUCUGCUUUUUUGCUGACUGCCCUGGGAACACACACACAUCUGCUCUGUACUAGGUGCAGGGGGCAGGGUGAGAAGCCAUGAUGGAACUGCCUCCAACCGGAGACACUUCUGCCGCAAUGAGGACUUUUACUUUGAAAUGUAUGUCUGUUUUAAACAACUUUUACUUAGAUUGUUUCCCCCUUUCAUCUGAUGUUUUACUUCCAGGUUGAUAAGGCUGCAGUAGAUGUUCUUGUGUUCGCAUGGCUUCCUUCUUUCUAUCUUUCCUUUGUUUUCUUUUAAAAGUGAAUUCAAAUAAAGGUGAUUUAAGGUUG